AUGAGUUAUAUUCGCUUUCAAAUUACUCAUCGACUGCGAAUUAACGUGCAUGUGCGGCUUAAUGCGAAUGUAGCUGAGCGUGGAAAAUCAGCAGGAAAACGACUAAUCGCCCAUGUAGCUCCUGAAAGUAGCACAGUCGAGGAGGACUUGAUGCACGGGGGUGGAGCGGGUAUUGGAGGGGGUUCUAUGGUCGGACAGAACUCAAUAUUUGGGUGCUCGGCUGCAGGGCACAGCGGGGUUAACCAACUUGGUGGUGUGUACGUCAACGGAAGGCCAUUGCCGGAUUCCACGAGGCAGAAGAUCGUCGAAUUGGCUCACAGUGGCGCUAGACCCUGCGAUAUUUCACGCAUUCUACAAGUCAGCAAUGGAUGUGUAUCUAAAAUCCUCGGAAGAUAUUAUGAAACUGGCUCAAUAAAACCACGAGCAAUUGGCGGCAGCAAACCACGAGUGGCGACAACACCAGUCGUGAAUAAAAUCGCUGACUACAAGCGAGAGUGUCCCUCGAUCUUUGCUUGGGAGAUCCGGGAUCGAUUGCUGCAAGAAGGAGUCUGCAACAACGACAAUAUUCCAAGUGUGUCAUCUAUAAACAGAGUGUUGAGAAACUUAGCUUCGCAGAAGGAACAACAAGCAGCAGUACAGGCACAUCAGGGUGCGGAGAGCGUUUACGACAAGCUAAGAAUGUUUAACGGACAAGCUGCUGGCUGGCCACCCGCCUGGUAUUCCGCAACUCCUUCCCAUCAUCCCCUUUCUACUGGAAUUUCUACCGCAUCUACCCCGGGUUCAGGGCAGUCUCUCCUGCCUGGUGGGCAGCUUCACGGCCGUGACGAUUCCCUUCUCAAAAGGAGUGAUACCGGUUCCUUGCUUUCGCAUCAACAGGAAACUACAUCCGAUGGUAAUUCCGAACACAAUUCUUCUGGAGAUGAAGACUCGCAAGUACGAUUAAGGCUGAAGCGGAAACUACAACGCAAUCGGACUUCGUUUUCCAACGAGCAAAUCGAUAGUCUCGAGAAAGAAUUCGAGCGGACACAUUAUCCGGACGUGUUUGCACGGGAGCGCCUCGCCGAGAAGAUUGGAUUGCCUGAGGCACGUAUCCAGGUUUGGUUCAGCAACCGGAGGGCGAAAUGGCGUCGGGAGGAAAAGCUACGCAAUCAACGAAGGGCAGCAGUAGAUCAGGUGGUUGGUGGUGGUACCGGCGGAGGUAGUACGGGAUCGGCGCCCCCCGCUGCUACUCCCGCGACGCCUAGAUUACCCUUAAAUGCUGGAUUCAAUGCCAUGUAUUCUUCCAUUCCACAACCUAUUGCCACCAUGCCCGACACCUACAGGUACUCCUCCAUUCCACAGCCGAUUGCCACUCUGCCCGACUCUUACAGUUCAAUGUCGAGCAGUUUGGGCGGUUCAAUGGGUGGUAGCUGUCUUCAACAAAGGGCCGAGGGUUAUCCAGCAUACGUUUUUCACGAGCCUCUACAUUCACUUACGCAAUCUUACUCGCAUGCUCAUAGUGCUGCCACGCAUUCGCAACCCCAUCGCGGAAUACCAACCUCCCAUGGCGGAACCCCCGCCACACCGGGGGGUCAGCCUGCAGGACCUGGCGGAGCGCCCUAUCAACCCACGACCUCAACCGCAACCGGUGUGAUAUCGGCAGGUGUUUCGGUGCCCGUGCAGAUUCCCUCUCAAACUCAAGAUCUCACGGGUAAUUACUGGCCGAGGCUUCAGUGAUCCCAGCUCUUCGGGUUCCCGCCGACGAGUUUGCUCGUUGGCCAGGAGAGCCCGCCACC